AUGGCAGAGGAAACAUAUGACAUGAUCGUGGUCGGGGCUGGCUGGUUUGGCCUCGCGGCAGCCAGGGCUUACAUCGAGACACAUCCACACGAGCGCAUCGCCGUGCUGGAAUCCGCCGAGAGCUGCGGUGGAACCUGGUCAGAAGCUCGUCUCUACCCAGGGCUCAAGUCCAACAACAUGAUCGGCUCUUAUGAGUAUCCGGAUUUCCCCAUGUCCGAGGACAUCUACGGCGUCAAGCAAGGGGGCCACAUCCCUGGCGCCGUGCUGCACAGAUACCUGACGGACUUUGCGAGGAAAUUUGGCGUGCUGGAGAGGACACAAUUUCAUUCCAAGGUCGACGACGUCAAGGCACUGCGGUCUUCUUCUUCUGAUGAUACAUCUGGCGACAUCACAGGCUGGGCACUCACCGUGACCAGCCUCAGCAACAUCAAUGCACAGCAGAAGCAAAAACAACGCAUUCUGACUACCAAGAAGCUCAUCCUCGCCACGGGCCUCACCUCGACUCCCAAUUUCCCUCAAUACGCCGGCGCCGAGACAUUUGGUCGGCCUCUCUUCCACGCCAAGGACUUUUGCCGGCGGGCUUCGGAGCUGAAACAAGCAAAGAAGGCCAUCGUGGUCGGAGGCGCCAAGUCCGCCUACGACGUGGCCUACGCCCUCGCCCAGGACGGCGCCACCGUCGACCUCGUCAUCCGGCCCAACGGCCACGGCCCCGUGUGGAUCGCACCACCCUUUGUCACCCCCUUGAAGCGCAGGCUGGACACGAUAUUCAACGUGCGCCUGCUGACGUGGUUCAGCCCUUGUCCCUGGGGCGGCGAGGACGGCUACGGGCGCAUCAGGAACCUUCUGCACGGGACGAGGGUGGGCAGGUUCGUGGUGGAUACCUUUUGGAAGGUCCUGCAGGGCGAUGUGCUGGAUGCCAUCCGCUACGACGCCCACCCGGAGCUGGCCAAGCUGAAGCCGUGGAACUCUGCCUUCUGGAUCGCGAGCGGGCUGAGCAUUCUCAACUACGACACGCCCAUCUUCGACCUGGUGAAGGAGGGCCGGAUCAGGGUGCAUAUUGACAAUAUCGACCAUCUGGAGCCGGGCAGGGCUGUCCUGGCUUCUGGAGAGGUCCUCGAGACCGACGGCAUCGUGUGCUCGACAGGCUGGAAGAAGGAGUCCAUGAAGAUCAGCGGUCUGGACGAGGCUGGCCUCGGGCUGGCCUCGGCAGUUGUCGAGGCCAACAGGCUCGCGCUCAACGCCAAGGCCGACAGCGAUGUACUGACCAUGUUCCCCCGCCUCAAGGACCAGCCGCAGCUGCGCUUCGAGCCCAAGGAGGCCGACCCGCUGAGGAACUACCGCUUCAUCGUCCCCUCCACCAUGCUGCAGUCGAGAAACCUCGCCUUCUCGGGCAUGAUAUCGACCGUCAACACGGCCGUCUGCGCCACCGUCCAGGCUGUCUGGAUCACCGCGUUCCUGGAUGGCAAGCUGGACAGGAUUGCGCAGACCCCAGACGAGGUUACGCAGGAAGUUAUGCUGCACACGCAGUGGGGUAAAUGGCGGUUCCCGUGUGGCUAUGGUGCCAGCCUGCCGGACUUUGUCUUUGAAGGACUGCCCUAUGUGAAUAUGUUGAUGAAGGAUAUGGGGCUGAGGAUCUAUCGAAAGCCUUCGUAUGUCAAGGAACUGGUGGAGCCGUAUACCCCUCCUGACUUUGCUGGUCUGUUGGAUGAGUGGAAGCGUCAUCACCCGGUGAAGGCAUAG